AAGUUGAAUAAAGAAAUGUAAUUUAAAAAGUGGAUUUAGAAAUAGAGAUGAGAUGAGAGAGGGUUUUAUAACGCAAACGCAAUCCGCAAUCCAUUGAUUGAUUGAAUCUGAGAGAUGGGGUUGCAGAACGAGUUAAACGACGUGUGGUCAGGGUCGAUUCCGCUGUUGGUGUUGGCGCAGGUAGCGACGUGCGUCAACUACCUCCGCUCCAUGCUUCUGGCGCUGCUGCAAUCGCUGGGGCUGUGCAGAUUCCACGGCGACCAGACCGUGGACGAGACCUUCCUGGCCGCAGUCGGAUCGGGCCUCGCCGGCCUCAUCAUGCUCGCCGAUCAGCUCGCCCUCACCAACCAAUUCUGCUACGAGGGCUGCGCCGGCGCCGACCACCGCUGCGUCUUCUGCCAGAGCACCCUCAAGGACGGGGAGCAGGUCCGCAUGCUCCCCUGCCGCCACGUCUUCCACCGCGGCUGCUUCGACGGCUGGCUCCACCGCUACAACUUCAACUGCCCCCUCUGCCGCUCCCCCCUCUUCUCCGACGACCGCCUCGCCCUCACCCAGCGCCGCCUCGGCCACCAACUCAUCUCUUGGUUCUCCCUUCACUGAUCCCAAUUUUACUUUACCCGUACCCUUACCCUUACCCUUACCCUUACCCUUAGCCUUAGCCUUAGGGCACUUCUUUUUAACGCUAUUUUUUUAAGGAUUUUCUACUGUCCCACUAUCCUUUUUCACCUCCUCUAAAUUUUCUACUCCUAUUCCUAUCUCUUUAUGCCCAAUAAUUCCAUAUUUUAUUUACAAACAAACAAACAAACAUAAUUUUCUCUUUUUCAAUACUUACUCGCUCGCUCACUUCUCAUUCACCCUCUACCUUUUCCCAUUAACAGCAAAAAUUUUAAAAGCUUUUCUGGAAAUUGAGUAAAAUAGUCAAACGACAAGUUGAAGUAAAUAAAUGGCCUUGCGCAUUUUUCUAAACUGCCAAACAAAAUUCUUGUGAAACAUGGAAUCGUAUAUACGCAAGUGCAAAUUAUUGAGUCCUCUGUUAUUUUUUUUAUUUUGGCCGUUGAUUUUUGUUAUUGUAUUUUUAACUGAAAAAAUAAUUGUAAAACUACAUGUAUGUUUGGAUUUGUUUUUGUAUAGUGGUUUAAUUGAAGUGAAAAUUAGUUGGGAGAAAUGAAAAAGAGGUUGGGAGUGAAAUUGGGGUGAAUAGUAGUACAGUUAUGAAUGAGGUGGUGAUGACUGAUGAGCAUUUUCCAUUCCAAAUUGGCAAAAGGGUGUAGCAUAGCAUUGAAUAAAGAGCAUAGGGUGCGUCGCAAGUAUCACGUCACCAUUAAAAGUGAGUUGAGGUGUCACAGCUACAGACCUACAGCUACUACAGACCAACUUAGGCUGCGAUUCGUUCAUUAGUUCUGUGGCUACCACUGCUACCAUCAAAAUCUAUUUAACCAACUCUACUUAUAUAUAAUUUCCUUUUGAGGAAAUUUAUUUAUUUCUCGCUUAGUUUUUCUUUUAUAACAACAACUGUCAAGAGAUUUGUUUAGACACUUUAA